ACUCUCCCGUUAGACGUCUGGAAUUGAAAGCGAUGGUGACGAUUUCCGGUGGUUUCGCAGCGGUGUAAGGGAAGCAAGGCCUAGACGAAAGAAAAUGCGAACCCCUGCGAUACGUCAUUAGCCUGAAUCGCAUCUAACGGUCAUCAUGAAAUGCAAUGCUGCAUAUGCGAUUCUUGACGAAGCUGCACGGCAGUUGCUACAAAGAAAGCACGUGUUUGUUGAUUCGCAGGAAGGAGCGAUCCCGUGCAAUGUAGGGAUAAGUUGGCCGUUAAUGCGCGCAAGCCUCGAGGAUGAGAUUGGCGGUUGCUUACCAGUACAUCUCUACAUCUGGGAAGAUACGUCGAUCCGCGGCGCAGAUAUGUCGAUACCUGCUAUGUCUGAUCGUUGUUGCUGCAUAAAGCUGCCCGAAGCGUUGUUCAGCGACCGAGGAACUUCGGAUACGCAAUUUCAGCCUUGCACAUGUCCAUCCCACAACAAUUUUGCCCUCGGCACUUCGCGUAUGGACGUUGCGCUUACGACAAUCCUUUUGACACUCAUCGGCCACGUUGUGCGCUUCCCUUAUGAUUCGUCCGGUGAAGCUCGCCACCAAAACGGCAGGGGCAAGCCAAAUUUACGCGAAGCUGCGGAGACGGUCUAUACUUCCGACCAACUCUUUCCCCUUGCAAUUUGUUGAGCUGUCAGUUUGGGGAAGUGAGGAUUCGGCUGCUUGCAGCCUCACCGUUUUUCGCCGUUUAAGGAUGGAGAUGUGACGCCAUCCUUACUCACAGCUACUCAUUUGAUGUAAGAUGUACAGAUGAGGAAGAUGAUACGGCGCGGUAGAGGUAGGCGGGAACAGCGUGUAAGAUAUCUUCCUGCUGCAUAGAAAGCUGUGUAGUCGAGUGAAGGUGGAUCGACUGUUGGGAUGAGAAUCUUGGCGUGUAAGUUGCGUCUACAAAUCCUAGGUCAUUAAUGGAUCGAUUGAGUGGGGGAAGAUGCAGCUAUC